AUGGAGUAUACUGCAUGGAUAUUUGUCUGUCUGAUGUUCGUGGUCUGCAUACUAACCAUUGUCACUACGUCAGGGACAACACCCGGAAUAAAAGACAUCUUCCUCGGACGGUGUCGGGCUUACCAAGAGCUCCUCCAGCCGUAUCCUCAAACCGUGCUGGAUUGUAACUCAACUUGGGUGCAAUUUGAGGCGUCUUUUGUGGGAAAGGAUCCGUGUAAAUUGACGUCCCAGGACUACAGUAAAUUCGUAGAAACGACAUUGUCUUCUGUUCCAGAAGAUAAGGCAUUGUUUUGGUCAGGCACGUAUCGUGUUGCGCAUGAAUAUGCAGAUGCGGGAAAACGUUUUAUCACACUGGAAGACACAUUGUUAGGUUACAUGAUGAACGGCUUGACAUGGUGUGGACAGACAGUGCCACCUGGUGUAAACUAUAAGAAUUGUCCAUCCUAUAACGAAUGUCCGGUUACUGCCAGUACUGCAUUUUGGGGAAAGGCGUCGUCACAGUUUGCGUCCCAAGCAAAAGGAACGGUAACUCUCUUACUAGACGGGUCAAAUCAAACCAGACCAGCCUACAGUACUGACAGUUACUUCGCCAAGUUUGAGCUUCCUGCACUGUCUUCUGAUGCAGUUAAAAUGGUGAAAAUUUAUGUAGUGCAUGACAUCAACCAACCUUACAGAGAGACAUGUGAAAAUGGAACCCUGCCAGCUCUGCAGCAAGCUGUUAAGAAUCAUGGCCUGGGGUACAGUUGCCAUGACAACCCACAGUAA